CUCAGUUAGAAUCUUCCAGAAGAAGAAGAAGAAGAAGAAGAGGAAGGGCUUAAUACGAGACUAUCGACCUUCUCUGCAUCGAAGCGACAACAAUGGCGACGGUGAUGCAAAAGAUCAAGGACAUCGAAGAUGAGAUGGCAAGGACACAGAAAAAUAAGGCGACAGCCCAUCAUCUUGGUCUUCUUAAGGCUAAACUUGCAAAACUACGUCGGGAGCUGCUGACACCUACCUCUAAAGGUGGUGGUGGUGCUGGCGAGGGUUUUGAUGUUACUAAAAGCGGAGAUGCACGCGUGGGUCUUGUAGGAUUUCCUUCUGUUGGAAAAUCUACACUAUUAAACAAGUUAACAGGCACUUUUUCAGAGGUCGCUUCUUAUGAGUUUACAACUUUGACUUGCAUUCCAGGAGUUAUUGUGUAUAGAGGAGCCAAAAUUCAGCUGUUGGAUUUGCCUGGAAUUAUCGAGGGUGCAAAGGAUGGAAAGGGCAGAGGCAGACAGGUUAUCAGCACAGCUAGGACAUGCAAUUGUAUUUUGAUUGUCCUUGAUGCCAUCAAACCAAUAACUCACAAGCGCCUUAUCGAAAAGGAACUCGAGGGAUUCGGCAUAAGGUUGAAUAAGGAACCCCCUAACUUGACAUUCAGAAAAAAGGACAAAGGUGGUAUUAAUCUCACGUCAACAGUGACAACCACACACCUGGACCUCGAGACUGUGAAGGCGAUUUGUAGUGAAUACAGGAUACAUAAUGCUGAUAUCAAUCUUCGAUAUGAUGCGACUGCUGAUGAUCUGAUAGAUGUUAUUGAGGGCAGUAGGAUUUAUACUCCUUGCAUCUAUGUUGUGAACAAGAUUGAUCAAAUCACACUGGAAGAGCUGGAAAUUCUUGACAAACUUCCUCAUUACUGUCCAGUUAGCGCUCACCUUGAAUGGAAUCUCGAUGGUCUAUUGGAUAAGAUAUGGGAAUAUUUGGAUCUCACACGGAUAUACACAAAGCCCAAGGGAAUGAACCCGGAUUAUGAGGACCCUGUGAUCUUAUCAUCCAAGAGGAGAACAGUUGAGGACUUCUGCAACAGAAUUCACAAAGACAUGAUGAAACAAUUUAAAUACGCGCUUGUUUGGGGUUCAAGUGUGAAGCAUAAGCCCCAGAGAGUCGGCAAGGAACACGAGCUCGAAGAUGAAGACGUGGUUCAGAUUAUUAAAAAGGUCUAAUCAGCAUUGUGGUACUCUCAAGUCUCGAGGCACCAGCCCUGUUGUUUGUCGCUUGGAGGGGUAGUGGAUCUACAUGCAAAGUUCUUUCGCGGCUAAAUAUUUUAGGUUUUCAUUUCUGUAUUUGGUUUAUAUUAAGGUUUUUAUGUUCUCGAUCUUGUGUAAAAUUCUACUUUUUGCUAGCUAGGCUGCAUCGAGUAUGAUAACCAUUCGGCGCUGGAAAGUAACAUAUUAAGUUAUUUGAACUUUUGUAAGAUGCUGAUUUUGUGCUAGCUUAGGGAGACUACCGGUGUACUUGCUGGUUUUUCUAUAAGAAUUUGUGGAAGUAUACUCCGACCUAAUUCUGGGUUGUGAAUUCAAAGACAUGUUUGUAAAAUAAGAUCCCAGCUUGUUCCGUGGGGUUUUUUUGAUUUGUU